CUGUACUUCAAUAGAGAACCUGUAAAGUACUUUGAGACAGAAAGCCUUCCUAAACUGCAUCUUCUUAUUUCUCAGAGGAAAUGAGAGAGUUAUUGGGCCAAUACAUCUCAGACACCCUCAGCUAUGUCCACACAGUGAAGGAAUUCUGUGACAGGCAUCCAAGGUGGAUCCUGCAGAGAAAGGAGGAACAAUCCAAGAUGAAGAACAUCAAGGAAAUGUCAGACAGAAUCGAUCUUAAAUUCAGCCGAGUCUUGAAUGCAGAAGACAAGACCAAGGCAUUAGGAGAGUUCACGAAAGACUAUCUGACCCAGGUGACUGCAAACCGUAGGCUUAAGGAGCUGGAGAAGGAGCUGGAAGCUGUACUGAAGGACACUCUCAAUGGGCUGGAGGAGCUGGACUGCUUCAUGGAUGCUGUGGAGAGGCUGGUGGUCACCUCUCUGUUUGUAUUUGCUGAUGAAAACCGGUUGUGUCCUCUGCCUCAGGGGAGGGAACAAGCAAGUGUCCGAGCUGUCAUCACCUCCGCUAGAAUGGCCUGUCCUCUCCUCAUCCACUUUAAGAGGGACGCAUCGGCCUUCUUUUCCCCAUGCCUCCUCAAUGUGGAGGUGCUGCACGUAUACUUGGAAAAUUACAUGAACAUCUCUGAGCAGCUGUGUGAGAGAAUGGGAUUGGGAAAAACAAAAACAUUUUGCAGAGAGAAGAAUGACAACUUGAUGAGUGACACCAGCCCUGAACUUACUAUAACACUGAGGGCACACAUUUCUGAUCAUUCAUCGAUUCCAGCUACAUGUUUCAAUGUCUCUCAUGAAAAAGUGGAAUAUGUUCCUCCUGCUAGGAUGGACCAGCACCUCAGACUGACGUUCAUGUUCCAGGAGUCUGCCCUGCGCUUCAUUGGUCUGUUCAGUCAGUGCCACUCCAGAAUGCUGGACUUUAUAAAAGAGCUGGAAAGGAGAGCUGGCAAACUAGAUAAGAUGAAGAAAGGGGGUUAUAUCUCCAGUGUGGUAGGCAGUGCAGUGGGGGCAACAGGAGGGGCUCUGACCAUUGCAGGCCUUUGUCUUGCCCCUGUUACUGCUGGGCUGUCACUGGGGCUCACCAUCGCAGGGAUUGGAAUGGGUGUGACCAGUGGGGUCAACAGUCUAACCACCGGUGUUACAAAGGUGGUGUUUAAAAGCUACCAAAACAAGAAAGCCAAUACAAUCUUUCAAUGUUUCAUGGAGGACAUGCAAAGACUCCAUGGUAGUCUGGAGAAGGUGGCCAGCAACAUUUGCCCUUUGGAGCCGAAGGUGGUGGCAUUAGUGGUUGGGAAGAAUAUAGGCAAAGGUGGUGCGAGUUUAGGAAAGAAGAUCAAUGGCAUAGUAAAAAAUACCUCUGCAAUAGAGGCCUUAAUGGGAAAAGGCGUGGUUAUAGGUGCAGGCAAGGUGGGACUCCAAGAGGGCAAAACAUUUGCUGCAGAUUUACCUGACAUUGGGAUGUUGGCCCAAGGCACUCCACUCGCCCUCUCUAGGACAUUAAGGCGAUGCGCCGUGGCCUCAAAUGCCCUAUUCAUUGGCCUGGACAUCAUCACUAUCUGUAAAGACAGUGUCAGCCUCGCCAAAGGCAGCAAGAGCAAGAGAUCCCAGCUCAUCCGAGCCAGAGCAGCACUGUGGCGCACAGAGAUCGACUCAUGUCAGAGGAUCCAUGACUCACUGUGCCGAGGCAUCUGGAGGUUCAGAAAGAGUCAGCGAAUCCUGGAGAAACCCUUUUACCUUGUGAAGGAGUUUGAAAGUCUAGAGCCGCUUGUGCAGAUGGGACUAAUGGAGCAGCCUGAGGAUGAUAUAGAAACUCUGGUGCAGCCUAUGGAUGAGACGAGACUCCUGGGGCAGCCUAUGGAGGAGACGAGACUCCUGGGGCAGCCUAUGGAGGAGAUAGAAAAAGGUACAAAAGUCGUUAAAUUGAUUUGCCCUUAAACAUGUCACAUACUGUACGCAGCAGAUGUUGAAUGAUAUUAUGUGCAUGUAUCAGCAAAAAUACUCAAGCUUCUAAGUCUUUGAAUUUCACAAAGCGGGCAUUGCCAUUGGUUAAUUAAUUGCUUUUCCAUUAAAAAUCCCUGUCUCUAGGUUUUUGCGACUGGAUGUGGCAUUUCGGCAUGGUGUUGUUGCUGUUGCUGUUAGCAUAUGUAUGGGCUGAGAACAUUUAUAAGUAGAAAUUGAGAAAAUUACGAAGCCAAGACACCUGCCAUGUGGACUGCAUUGUUUCCUGUGCAUCACUUCCUGUACGACCUAAUUGCUUAAAACAUGUAGAUUUGAAAUGAUUACUGUGCAUGGUUUUAAAGUUACUUGAGAAUAGAAGAGAACAUAUUUUUUUCUUAAAUGUAUUUAUGAUUAUUACCCUUUUUAUUCAAACCACCCCUUUAUCUGGGCGGUGUUCAUGUUGUCGAAUAGUCAGAUCUAAAUAUUCUAAAUGUAUUAUAUAGAAGAAACAGGCCUCUCUGACAUGUCAAAUAAUGAACAUUCAGCAACAUUAGUACUUGUACCAACUGAGCGUAGCUGUUCUACGUCAGAUUCUAGAACUUGUCACACUGUACAUUGAUGUAGUGUAACAAUUUAAAAAAUAGUUUCAAAAGAGUUACAUCCACAUUACAUUGUUGUGAAAAUCUAAUAGGCCUACAUAGUUAUUUCAACAUGGUUAUUCUACUUCUGAAUUGUAUAGGCAUCUACUGCCCUCUAGUGUCUUUCAGUAUCUUUUACUCAUGUGACAUGUCUUGCUGUUAUUGAUUGUUACUCACUUCAGUUAAGAUAUGUGCAGAUAAAAGUGCAUUAUUUUCUACUUUAGCAAUGUUUAAAUAUCCAUAGAGUUGAACUGCAGAACUCCAGAGAUUUUCAGAAACAGUGAUACCCUCACCGCUUACAGAAGAUUAAUGUAGCCCUACAACUAUUUUGAUUCACAACUUUAUAAUAUGAAAACGGUAAAAUAGCUGCAAUACACCUGCUAUGAUUUAGCAGAUUAACUUGUGCAGAAAUCUAUUAACCAGAUCGAUCUUUUCAAUAUGGUGUCAUUUUCAUAGCCUAAGUGCUUUGUGACAAGGAUCGAUGAGUUGUGCGUCCCAAGAUGCCGUUCUGCACACCACUGCGCCGUUAUUUGCCUGUUUGUGGCCAGCCUGUUAGCUUGCACGAUUCAAGCUGCUUUCGCCCACAGGACUGCCGCUGACUGGAUGUUUUUUGUUUGUCGCACCAUUCUCAGUAAACCCUAGACACUGUUUUGCGUGAAAAGCAGAGAAGGGCGGCCAUUUCUGAAAUACUCGAUCUGGCGUGCCUGGCACUGACGAUCAUACCACACUCAAAGUCACUUAGGUCACUUGUUUUACCAUUUCUAACGUUCAAUCAAACAGUAACUGAAUGCCUCAAUGCCUGUCUGUCUGCUUUAUAUAGCAAGCCACGGCCACAUGAGUUACUGUCUGUAGGCACAAUCUUUUUUUCUUGAACCUCGGUGUACCUAAAAACUGACCAGUAAGUGUAUGUUACAGGUGUAAUUACAGAGCUGGGUCUAAAAAACUGUCCAGUAAGUGUAUGUUACAGGUGUAAUUACAGAGCUGGGUCUAAAAAAACUGUCCAGUAAGUGUAUGUUACAGGUGUAAUUACAGAGCUGGGUCUGAAAAACUGGCCAGUAAGUGUAUGUUACAGGUGUAAUUACAAAGCUGGGUCUAAAAAACUGGCCAGUAAGUGUAUGUUACAGGUGUAAUUACAGAGCUGGGUCUAAAACAACUGGCCCUACAUUACAGUACAGUAUUAAAGCUUCCUCCCCUUAUAGAUUUGCAUGACAAGAAGACAAAUAAUGAUUAUUUCUGAGAAUGUCAUUAAUGCCUAUUAUUGAACCAAUCAACAAUUUAAUCUCUUUUAAAUCACAACAGUGGCGACAGAAACGGCAAUAAAAUGUAGUAAGUCCAGAUUUAAUAUAAUAUUAUCCCAUCCUAAAAGACAAUUUUAUAUUAUUUUCCACAGUUUUUCCAGAACAUCAUUUUAAAUUUAUUGAUAAGUGUCGCCCUGACCAUAGAGAGCCUUGUUAUUCUCUCUUUUGGUUAGGUCGGGGUGUGACUGCGGUGGUGUUCCUAUCUAAGUUAAGUAUUUCUAUGUUGGCCUGGUAUGGUUCCCAAUCAGAGGCAGCUGUUUAUCGUUGUCUUUGACUGGGGAUCAUAUUUAGGCAGCCAUUUCCCCACUGGUUUUUGUGGGAAUUUGUUUUUGUUUAGUUGCCUGUGAGCACGGCAUUUGCUGCACGUUUCGUGUGCU